AUUUAAAUUGUGCAGUCAAAAGACGUAAAAAUGUAGUUAACAUAUAAUUUCCAAUGUUUUGAUAAAGGCAUUAUGUGGAGAUUUUUAGACAAAAUGUUUACAAUUAUCAAUAUAAAGCAUUUAAUGACAAACUUCAAUACAUGCCAAAAUCUGUGAAAAGGCCCCUUUAAGCCUAAUAUAUUUUGCCGUAUGUAUCUAAACCAAAAACUAAAAAGGACGUCAAUAACCGGUGUGAUAUUUCUAAGCAGGGACAGUAAUGAAGGGUACAAAGGGAGGACAUCCGAGUAUCCUAGACGGCACAAAUGACUGGGAACUACGGGCAGAUCUUAUGAAACAGCUGCAGUUUCCAGACAUUGUCCACACUACCCUACGCCCAGACAUUGUGAUGGUCUCCGGAAAGACAAAGAAGAUCAUCCUGGUAGAGCUGACUGUCCCGUGGGAAGAAAGAUGUACUCAGGCACAUGAGAGAAAGAAGGCCAAGUACGAAGAUCUCGUCCAGGAAUGUAGAGAGGCCGGGUGGAGAGCAUGGUACUACUCGAUUGAAGUGGGAUGCAGAGGGUUUCCUGCACCAUCGCUGGGAAAGAUGUUCCAGGAUAUGGGAAUAGAGGGACAGGCGAGAAAGCUGGCCAUUAAGAAGGUAUCACAGGCAGCAGAAAGAAGCUCCAGCUGGCUGUGGCUAAGGAGCAACGCUAGUAGCUGGAAGCCAUCCACUAAUGGGUAGUGUCUGAUCAACACUGCCGCCCGCCACUUAGAGCUUGUCCUAGGUUUAAAAGGGCGAAACAAGCAAUGACAAGUGGUACCUAGCUGAUGACAUUAGUGGAAAGCAGUUUAUCUGUAUUUUACAACAUGUAUUUCAAAAUAUAAGUUCACAGUAAAUUGAGGAUUAAAUAAACAUUAUUGAGAAACUGUAGUGCGGAUGUUCCACGGAGCGAGCACUUCAUUACAGCUGUCAAGUACCCUAUAUCUUUGAGGACAACACUUCACAUGACUUGUUAUAUGAGUAUA